CUACUACUAUAUGAUAUGACCAAAAUUGGAAUUGGGGAUUUCACCAGUGCACAAUUCCAAUCAGAGAUUUUGAUGCUUUUCGUUGAUUGACGUACMRUUACCGUAGGAUGUGAUGCUCUUGGWGGCAUUGCUUGUGUUUGUUGGUUGUUCCUCUCCCCACAUAGACCGUCAACCCAACAGAAUUCCUACCCAACCAUGGCCUCACUUCCGUAUUCGUAUGCCCCGGAGAGGUUGCUGGAGUCCUUUCGAAAACUGAAAGCGGAAGAAGACGGCAAAACCAAACCACAGACGACGACGACGMCGACGACGGAUGAUAGCGAAGGCGGCUGCAGGCCCUGCGGCGGCGRGAAAUUCGUGGUUGCGGCCGUCCAGCUCACCGCAUCGGGACUGGAGGACAGCAGCGUGGCAGGACUCMUGGAGCGAGCCAGGGAGGCCGUCCGGAUCGCCGCGGAAGAGAAAAAGGCGGACCUGGUCUUGCUGCCCGAGCUCUUUCUGGGUCCGUAUUUUUGUCAGUCCCAGGAGGCGUGCCUCCAGAACCUGGCCAUGGAAAUCCGGAGCGAAGAAGGCGCCGGGACCGACGACGAGGAGGGUGGCUUCAACUUUUUGAUCGAAACCAUGCGGGGCCUCGCGAGGCGCUACGGGGUGGUCCUGCCGGUCUCCCUCUUCGAACGCAAGCGCAACGCCCUCUACAACUCGAUCGUCAUGAUCGAUGCCGACGGAUCGGUCCURCCGGGGACCUAUCGGAAAUCCCACAUCCCGGACGGGACCGGCUACCAGGAGAAAUUCUACUUUUCCCCGGGAGACACCGGGUUCAAGGUGUGGAAGACCCGCGUGGGGAAGGUGGGGGUGGCGAUCUGCUGGGACCAGUGGUUCCCCGAGGCGGCGAGGGCCAUGGCGCUCAUGGGCGCCGACGUGAUACUCUAUCCGACGGCAAUCGGCACCGAGCCCCAGGACCCUUCCAUCAAUUCGGCGGACCACUGGCAGCGGGUCAUGCAGGGACACGCGGCGGCGAACGUAAGUGACGAAACAAUCUAACGAACGAAAAAACCGAUGCUGCGGUGCAAAACCCUUGCUUUUUGGGUUUCGAGCCCCGGAAGCAUUCGUGAAGCAGAAUCCUCCGAGCCACUCACAGAUUUCUCCCGUUUCGCUUCCGCACCGCACACGAAUUAUUGGUUUCUCCCCCACCCGUUUUCAGAUGGUSCCGGUCGUUGCCAGCAAUCGCUACGGGACCGAGAUCUUGCUGCGAAAGGACGGAACCACGGAACAACAGCGCAUCACCUUUUACGGGCGGUCCUUCAUCACGGACGAGACCGGUGGAAAGGUGGCCGAGGCCGGGGAGGUGGGACCGGACGAUCCCGUUGCGGUGAUAACCUCCUCCAUCGACCCCUCCGCAAACCGUUCGACGCGGCUGGCCUGGGGACUCUUCCGGGACCGGCGACCGGAGUUGUACGGGGUGUUGCAGACCAAGGACGGCGGYGCCUAGGCCGGCAGGAGGGAUUGCCUCUGGAAACCCCUCGCACGGGCCGCACUCGGGUGGAGUCGGUCRCACCARCGCUCCGAGAAAAAGGCCGGCAAGUGCCGAAGCCUCGACUUUGCACCACACUACGAUGCGAGCCUUCUUGGGCAGAGAUUUGGGAGCCAUCGAAUCAUACAAAACAUCCAAAGAUGGCCGUUCUGCCACUGCUAGUAAAGUGUACUGUGAUGAUGAAUCGAAAUGCAAAAAUAAGUAGAAAUAAUAUGUACUCAAAAAA